UGUAUAAUAAUUGGGUUGGUCUUGUCCACCCAGCUAAAGGUGAACGUUUGUUUUAAUUAGAAGUAGAGGGAGCCAGGAUAGAGGGGAGGAGUCAAGGAAACAGUUUAGGCUGAGGCAAAGCGGAGCGGCACCGACGGCAGCGUCCGAGACCUCUCCUCAACAGGUAACUCAGCUGAAGCCGUUGCAGACACUAAGCACCAUGUUCACAGAGGUGCUUGUCGCUCUGCUGACUGGAGGACUGAUCUACUUCCUGGUUCGGAAGAACAAGAUCCAGGUUCUGAAGACAGAGGAUGGCUGGUGGGGGGCCGGAGCACCAGCCAGUGGUGGAGAGGAUGUCACCAUCCGCCCCUUUAAAGUCGCCACCAGUGAUGAAGAGCUGGAGGACCUGUACAGGAGGAUAGACCAGACUCGCCCUGUUCCUUCCCUAGAGGACAGCCAGUUUAAUUAUGGCUUCAACUCCCAGUACCUGCAGAAGGUGGUCUCUUACUGGAGAAACGACUUUGACUGGAGGAGACAAGUUGACAAAAUCAACCAGUACCCCCACUUCAAAACCAACAUCGAGGGCAUUGAUAUCCAUUACCUGCAUGUGAAACCCAAGACGGUGCCAGAGGGAACCGCUGUGAUUCCCCUGAUAAUGGUUCACGGCUGGCCUGGCUCCUUCUAUGAGUUCUACGGGUUGAUCCCUCUGCUGACGGAACCAUCAGACCCAGGUGACCUCGUGUUUGAGGUGGUGUGUCCCUCUAUACCAGGGUAUGGUUUUUCUGAAGCACCACACAAGAAAGGUUUUGAUUCAGUUUGUGCAGCACGCAUCUUCCACAAACUGAUGAGGCGUCUGGGCUUCCAGCAGUUUUACGCUCAUGGAGGAGACUGGGGCUGGCUGGUCACCACCAACAUGGCUCAGCUGGAGCCAACGACAGUCAAUGGUUUGCAUGUGAACUUCGCCCCGCCCUCCAAGCCGACGCUGCCCAUAGUUUUUUCCAUCAUGCUCGGCCGUCGCUUCCCUAAGCUGUUUGGCUUCACUGACAUAGACAUUCAGCGUCUCUUCCCCCCCACGGAGAAACUGGUGGUGGAGUCCAUCAAAGAGUCCGGCUACAUGCACAUCCAGGCCACCAAGCCUGACACCGUAGGUCGAGGAUUGAAUGAUUCUCCGGUGGGUCUGGCUGCCUACAUUCUGGAAAAAUUCUCCACGUGGACGAGCUCUGACUUCAGGAACCUGGAGGAUGGAGGAGUCACCAGGAAGUUCUCUCUGGACGAUCUGCUGACUAAUGUGAUGAUCUAUUGGACGUCUGGCUGCAUCAUCUCCUCCAUGAGGUUCUACAAGGAAAACUUUGGCCAAGGCCUCGACGCACCUCACACUAAGAUACCAGUGUGCGUCCCCACUGGGUUCGCGUGCUUCCCCAACGAGCUCAUGCACUCUCCCAAGCUGUGGGUCAAACAGAACUACCCUAAACUCGUGAGCUACACGCACAUGGCCCGUGGCGGCCAUUUUGCUGCCAUGGAGGAGCCCCAGCUGAUGGCCGAGGACAUCCAGAACUUCAUUAAGACAGUGGAGAAGAAGAAGAAAUAGAAGAUGAUCAGGUGAAAGAACUAAACGUACAGUAUGAAAGUAUUGAUAAGCUGAUGGGAUAAGCAAGUGGAGCACAAUGGUGAGCAGUAAGUAGACAUAUACACCAAAUCUUGAUUCUAGGCAGUGAAGUAAGUUUCUCUUUGUGCUGGAAUCAAUGAUAUAGGGUAGUUCUGUUAGUUAAAUCCCUUAUCAUAAUUCUUCAUGAUUGAGCCUUAUGCAGUGUUGCACUUUUUUCAUUGGCUUGGGCUCAUUCUCUGUGCAACUGUCACAAAUCUAUCUUGUGUCUGCAGAAGGUAGUAACUCACAUAAUUGGCCAUAGUCACCAAAAUGAAUGGAUGAAUUGGAUCGUUUAUAUGAAGACAUUUUUAUUACAUGAAGGAGACACGUUCACAUCCUUUAAUGCUAAUCCAAGUACUGUUCGACUUGUUUAUAUAAGCACAAUAGUAAAUUACAAAAAAAACCAUUUCUUUCUGCAAGUGGAAGGUUGCUGCAGGCUUGCUCACCAGCAGCCACAUCACUAGUCCCUAACAAACUCACAGCUACACCUGUCAGUGCAGAUUAAAGUCGGAGAGUUUCCUCCAAACUUCCCUCAGCCUUGUAGUCUUGAAUUGUUUACAAAGCAGCUGCAGAUGGGAGGUCAGGGGGUUGCUUGUUGUUAUUGUGUUGACAGUUUGGUCGAGGUGCCAGGCAUUCCUCUGACCGAUAACAGGAAACCUCUUUACCGAAGCUACAGCCAUGCCCCCACGUUAUCGGCUUAACCCACUGAAUUAUGUUUCAUUUUGCUGUAUUUUUCCCUCUGAGCUUAUUCAGAACUUAUUUUAGUAUUUUAACGCUCUGAUGAAGUCAGAUUUCUUUAAUACAUUACACAGUUAACACAUUUUGACAGCUUUUGAUUUAUUUGCUUUAUCAGUUUUACAUUUUGCCUUAUGGUGGACUUUGAUUUGCUACAAAAACUAGAAGCACUCAUAUUAAUGUCCUUCGUUAAAGUUUUUGAUAUUCAGAAAUCUGAUAAUCAUCAUAAGAUCAUGUUGGUCUUGACAAAGUUGAAUACGAUCUGUAAUGCUGUUUGACAAGUUUUUUCUGAAGGUGAUUUACUUAAAUGAUGAAAUGUAUUUGGUUUUAUUAAAAAGAGUGACCUGGCCAUUCGGAAUGUAUCUCUGGUAAAAUAAAAGCCUUGGAAAUGUAGUCACCAGAGGUGUUUUGUCAACUUCUGAAAUGCCAUUUUAUUUCACAAUAAUGCCAAAAUCUGAUCUUUCCCUUUAUAAACAAUGCAGUUUAAAAUAAAUCGGAGUGUAUCCUAACAUUCCAGGAAGACCAGAAUGACAUGUUGUAUCUCAGAUUGUGGCAGGCACAGUGUUAUUUUUGACCAAAUAAAACUGACACUGAGUAGA